UUGUAUGUUUUUCAGAUAAUGUCUUUAGAGUUAAAGUUAGAUCACAUGGUAGUUGAGAAUGGAGAGAAUUUUUCUGUUGGAGAAAGACAGCUGCUCUGUAUGGCCAGAGCUCUUCUCAGGAAUAGUAAGAUUUUAAUGCUGGAUGAAGCCACUGCAGCUAUAGAUACAGAAACUGAUUCUCUUGUACAACAAACAAUUAAAGAAGCUUUUGCUGAAUGUACCAUGUUAAUUAUAGCACAUAGACUUAAUACAGUACUAGGUUGUGAUAGAAUUCUUGUAAUGGAAGAAGGAAAGGUCGUUGAGUACGGAAGGCCAAAAGAUUUGAUGGCAAGUCAUAGUUCAAAGUUCAAGGCCAUGUUAGAUGCUGUAGAGAAACAACAGGAAGAUUUGUAGUACUAAUUGAUGGACAAAAGUAUACAUAUAUCUGCUGGGCAGUGAUGAAUCCAGUUGGUUUUAGGGCAAAAACAAACUUGAUUGGAUUCUAAAAUUUAAUGGAAAACUUGAUUGGAUUCAAAAGUUUAAUGGGAAAACUUGAUUUGGAUUCAAAAGUUUAACAGAAAACUUGAUUGGAUUCAAUAGUUUAAUGGAAAACUUGAUUGGAUUCAAAGGUUUAAUGGAAAACUUGAUUGAAUUCUAAAGUUUAAUAGAAAACUUGAUUGGAUUCAAAAGUUUGAUGAGAAAACUUGAUUUGGAUUCAAAAGUUUAAUGGAAAAUUUGAUUGGCUUCAAAAGUUUAAUGGAAAAACUUGAUUGGAUUCAUAGGAGCAAUGGAAUUUGAUAGUGAUCUGAAUUGAACAUAACUGGAUUUGAUUUUCUAUGAAGAGUGCAAAUUGGUUGGAUCUACUGUGGUACAUGACUGUAAUAGAUUUCUGGUAAUGACAGAGCCUUAUUUGGUCUUGGUCUCGAUUGGAUACAGAACUCAAAUUUGUUAUCAUUCUUAUUUAAAGACCUUGAUUGGAUUUGAAUUGAGUACAGCUAGAUAGAAGAUGAAGAUUGGUUUAUUGUAGAAUAGUUAUGAUUGUUAGAUUUAAUAAUGUUUGAUUGGAUUCCAGGUAAGGUACAUACAAAAUAGAAAUCCCUGUAUUUUAGAUUAUUGGAGGAAAUUAUUGAGGAUCUAAUUUCCUCAAUAGAUGUUUAGUUUGUAGGAAUAAUGAAAAGGAAGUUUUGCAUAUUGGAAAGGAUGGGAGAAACUAGUAAGAUGUGGGAAGGUACAAGAUAUUUUGUUUGUUUUUAAAUCAUGUGAAUAAAAUAAUAAGUUUUAAUAGAGAUAGUUUCAUAACUAGAAAAAAUUUACAAAAUGUGUUUUUGUGACUGGCAGAAAUUGUUUCAAUAUUGGAAUUUUACAUGAUAUAGCAUAUAUAGAUUAGUAAAGUUAAAUUGACUCCAGACAUUUUUAUUUAUAUUUAAAUUUUUUUUAUCUUGCAAUUUUUGAAUGUUAGUUUAUUUAAUUCUCUAAGUCUAUCUGUAGUUUAUUUUACAUUUCAAAGUUUAAGAUGGUAGCUUUCACUUCCUGGUACGGUCCAUGAACAGGCUCAAUCAAACCGAGUCUGCAACAUCUUCAAUUUUGCUGUUUUGGACCUUCUUUAAGGAUUUAAUUUCCCAUUUUUUUUAACCAUGACAAGCAAGUAUAUGAACACUAUUUUAAUACUGGUUUUUUAUUUCUCGAAAAUCUUCAUUUCCUAGAAUUUCCUUAGGUAUAUUCUUAUAUAUAAAGAUGUUAUAAUUUGUUGACAAAUUUCUUUUACAACAAAAUCACUUUCCUUUAUCAUGACUUAAGGGAGAUAAUUGUUUGAGUGUGACUUUUCACACAAAUUUUCACACUGUGUCACAUAAUUGUUAGUUCUUAUGAUGGAAAAUAUUAGAAGUUGUCCUGGCCUUAUGUUACAAGAUUUGACAGAUCAAAAUAAGGAUCAAUUUUAGGAUCAAGAUCAAUAUUUGGAACAACUUUUAAACAUAUGUGUUGUGUAAGUUAAAACUGAAACUUUUUUCUGAAUUGUCUUAAACAUGCUCUUGCAAGUCCUUCUUUAUUCAGUAAAUAUUGAAUAUGAAAUCUUUGAAAAAUUAACAAUGGGGAAUAUUUGAGUUUUGAAUUUUGAUCCUUUAUGUCUUGAUCCUGAUCCUGAAAGAUCUGUAAAUCAAAGUGAAGUGGGCCUAGAGUUGAAGAAGUUUUCUGACAGAAACUUCUUCCUAAUAUGUGUUA